AUGUUUCUUCUAAAACUAGCUAUCCUUGGCUAUGAUGAAAUCACAGAGGAUGCUGAUCCAAGUGACUAUCAAUACCAGCUUAACAUCAUGUUCCAUGAUGAUGAUGCCGAGUGGGUAAAUGAAAACCUAAAGCCGGCACUUGAAGAAAGGAUGCCUCAUCUGCAGAACAUAGCCUUCGGAGAUGAAGAUCUUCAUCUAGGGAUGUACUAUGUCAAUGCUGUAUAUUAUAAUCUUGAUAAUAGCUUCAAGACAGCAUUGUUGAUAGGAAACAAGUCGGUGGAUGAUGCUUGGUUCAUGACCAAGCUAAGAAUGGCUGUUGAGCAUAUGAACGACACUAAGUUAGACAAGAUCAUCUUGAUAUUCUUAGAGGACAUCCAUGAAGCCAAUUUACCAUAUCUUGUAAGACUCUUGCUAAGUAAAAACAAACCUUAUUUGUUGGUUACAGAAGAUGAAGAUGGUCAAGAGUUGUUUUGGGCUCAGUUUGAAAAGGAAAUGAGGGCAAACAAGGUUAUCAAUAGUGUUAUUCCAAUUUAA